GGCAGAGUGACGGCCGACUUCUCUGUUCGGUGUUUAAGACUUUAAGCAGUUAUACCGCUUAGAGAGAGAACCAAAAAUGGGAGCUCUUACAGCUGCUGCUCAUGUCCCUUCACUUCAUAUCCCACCAACAUCAACUAUACUCCACAGGGUCCGAUUCACAAAAACCACUUGUCCUAAUAUUCCCAUCUCAUCAAGAAACAUGUCAAAGUUCAAACCUUCGAAUACCUCAUCAUCAUCCACAGUCUCAAUAGAUUCCAUGGACCCUCCUGAUCCAGAGCUCAGAUUUGAAAAACAGCAAUCUGAGGCCACAGCUUCAAAAGUAUAGCUCUGUGGAUGAAGUCAAUGGCAAAAUUUAUUUGAUGGCAAAAAGGACCAACAUGAUGCGGCAAAAGAAAGGAUUAAAAAAGGCCUAACAUUUGACCGUUUGCACUUAAACGGUCAAUAAACAGUGCUGUUAGGU